AUGCGCCGGCGCAACCUUGAACCUGCUGAGCGGGCGACGCUCUCACGACGUGCCAUAUGUAAUAUAAUAAUAUGUAUCGAAAUCGGUCCAAUAUGUGGCGGCCAGUGCUGCGGUCGAGGGCGAGAGGUGAAACUGCGAUCAUCACUACGGCAUGCUGCUGUGAUUAGUUCUGCUGCUACCACCAUGCGAACGGCUGAACUACUUCUGUCCACCAGGAGGUCACUUCAAGAUCACCUAACGGGACUUUCUCAUCAAUCACAAAACAAAACAGCGACAUUGUUUACGCAGUUGUACCGGGGGCAUGCGCUGAGGACGGUCCAGCCUCUUGCGACCCUCUAUGACGACAUCCGGAUAGUUCUCCGGUCGAAUUCAGAUAAAGACGUCAACGCAGAAAGCUUCAGUACCACUUCCCCAAGAGAUAUAGUGGCCAGUGCAAAGAAAUUUUUUAGAGAUAUAUUUCCAGUAGCGCAUCAUAAUGUUCUGAAGUUGGACUCGAAACAGUUCACACCUGAAUACGAAGCGUGUUUGAAGGAUGCAUAUGAUGCUGUCCAACCUUUUGGUGAUGUACCGCAACAGUUGGGCACUACUCUAUCCCGGUCGCUGGAAGCGGCGCGUGCGCUGCUACAAAUGCUAGCCGUAGGCGCGGAUGCGCUCGCCACUACAGAUCGUGUGCUGUCAAGUGCGAGCGACGCCUGCGCCGACCGCUUGUUACGCGCAGCUGGCUGUUCGCGGUGCCAUGGACACACCGCUCCACCUUGCAGAAAUUACUGCCUAAAUGUUGCCCGAGGAUGCAUCGGAUCUUUACUCGCGGAGCUAGAUGGUCCCUGGGCAGGCUACGUGGAGGGGGUGGAGAGACUCACAAAAGUAGACGCUGACGUCGCGCUUCGAGAGCUGGAAACCAAAGUCUCUAAAGCCAUCAUGUACGCGCUUGAAAAUAGAGCCGUGUCGGAAAAUAAGAUAGACAAGAAAGCUAAGGUACGGGCAGAUACAGAUGGCAUGCUUUGCUAUAAAACUAUUCUUGUAAUGACCGCCUUCUAA